AUGACGCCUCUUGUUUAUGCUUGGUUUAUGUCUGAGGUUUACUACUGGAGGAGCCUGGCCAGUACAUUGUGGUCCAUAAUUUGCCUGCCUGUGUUCCUGUUUGCAUUUUUGGUGUUCUCUAAGCUUUCACUCUUUCAUCCCGUGGGGUGGAUUUAUGAUGUUGCGGAUGGUUUCCUGGGUGCUCAGUUUUGGGUGGCCUGUUUAGUGUACGGAGUCUUUCUUGUUAUAGUCACCUGGUUUUGCUUGCCUCACAUUGCAGUUGUUCCUGAGAUAGAAGACACACAUCUUUCAGCCUUUUGGGGGCUUUUUAGGUGGUCACGCCUGCCAUUGUUGAUUAUAUGUGCAUUAGCUGGCACCCUGUCUGCAUGGAUUGUAAGCGGACUGAUUGGAGAUAGGUUCGAAUCUUUGACUCAUGAGGUGGACACAGAUACACAUGGACAAUUGUACCUGAGUGAACAACAUUUGUGUAUAGUAUUAGGAGGACUGUUUGCAGGUUUAUCUUAUUACCGUCAGUUCUUCCAUCAUGGCUUCUACUAUCUCACUUUCCCUACCGUGCAUAGAUACAAGUUUUUUCAAGUCCGAAGUGAGGUGUCUUCCUUGCUGUGUAACUGUAUGUAUCAGGCCCUGCAGACUGUCAAAUAUUUCUACAUCCUGUACUUUUUGUUUGGGAGCUUGCCAAAGAGAUGGAUUCAUGCUUCCUUUAAUAUUAGCGUUGACCAGAAUUCGGUGCCUCUUGAUUCUCUGAUGGGGCUGUUCAAUAUGUCCCUGCUGUGGCAGACCUACCUCAGUACUCUGUUGCUGCUGUUUUCCUGGUCUUUCACCAGGGCUUUGGUGAAGAUAUUUCACUCCCAGCACUAUGAGUUCACAAUUGAAAGUGUCAUGGAGUACAACAAGGACAAGACACUGUCCGAGGCUCUGGCUUGUGCUUAUUCUCCAAUCCUCCAGCACCUUGCUUUCUUAGACUUCAGCCGCCUGUCCAAGUUUUCCGCUUCCCGCCGCCAGGAGCUGCUCACCUUGAGCCAGCCUGGUGGUCAUCCUAGGAUCUGGACCUCGGUGAGCUCAACAGCUCUUUCUGUCAUCAGGGAACUGACUGAGCGAGUGAAGGAAGAAAACUGGGCUAUCAUGUCCAAAGCUCCGGUUAGUAUUCAGCGAACAAACACCCAACGAAGCACCACCCAUGUUAACUCAGGUAAGAGACGAAUAUUAUUUUUGUUUCUUUCCUAA